CAUGGCACGCGGUGGUCUUCGCUGGUGUGAAGAACGCGUUCGGCUGCUGCGCGCGCGCCAGCGUGGGGCAGGGGCUGCGCGGAUCCAUUCCCUCGGCGGGCGCCGAUCUUCUCGCCGACGGGCGCGCCGCGCACGUUUCGCGAGUGGAUGGCGUGGGCCAGCGCGCUCACCUUCACCUCCAGAGCGCGGCCUGCAUGGGGGAUUCGAGUGCCCGCGAUGAAUUGCGCGCGAUCUUUGCUCGGCCUCUGGGGCAGCGGCUCGAUCGGAGCAUGUUCGAUCUAGACGUGCAUGGGGACGUAUUUGAGUACGUGGAUGACCUGGCUAAUUUUUUGCUCCUGGCCUUGGGAUCUCUGGCGGAUGCCGCCUCGCGCGCCCAGGCCCCCUUGCCCCCCCUCGGGGCAGGGCUGGGAACCUUCGGCUACCGCCAGAACGCCGGGCAGCAG